AUGGUGCAAGUAAGAGGAUUGGUAAGGUUGAGUUGUAUCAUUAGAGACAGAAAAUCAGAUGUAUCUUUUUAUAUUGUUGAUGGUGCAGAUAAACCAAUAUUGGGUUUGAAGGCUUGCUUAGAUUUUAACUUGAUAAAGCAUAUAAGUUCAUUAACAAAGACUAAUUUAAAAUCAAAAAAUGAUAUAGUAUUGGAAUAUAAUGGAGUUUUUAAUAAUUUAGGAUGUUUUCCUGGAAAACCUUGCAAAUUAAUUCUGGAUGAUAAAGCAAUUCCUGUUAUACACAGUUCUCGGACAAUUCCACAAAAACUAAUGCCCAAAUUAAAAGAGUCAUUGGAUAAUUUAGAACAAAACGGUGUUAUAUGUCGGCAAAUCGAGCCAACUGAUUGGGUUAACAAUAUAGUUAUCACAGAAAAGAAAGACAAAAAUUUAAGGAUUUGCCUUGAUCCAUCCGAUUUGAAUAAAUGUUUGAAACGCGAGCAUUAUCAAAUUCCAUCUCCCGAUCAAAUAUUGGCUAGUUUGAAUAAUAAGAAAUAUUUUUCGGUAUUAGAUUUAAGAGAUUCUUUUUACCAAAUACCGUUAGAUGAAGAAUCGUCAAAAUUGUGUACGUUUGCUACUCCAUAUGGUAGAUAUAGGUUUCUUCGUUUGCCCUUCGGAAUAAAUACUUCCGCGGAAAUUUUCCAACGCAAGAAUGUUGAAAUAUUCGGUAAUGUUUUGGAUGAUGGUAUAUAUAUAGAUGAUUUAAUUAUCUCAGGUUCGACAGAAGAGGAGCAUGAUGAAAAAUUACAGAAAGUUUUAGAGAUUGCAAAAAAAUAUGGUAUAACUUUCAAUAAAGAUAAAUUUCAGUAUAAAAAGUUAGAGUUAAAAAUUUUAGGCUUUAUCAUAUCGGAGAAAGGCAUUAAGGUAGACCCACAGCGAACCGAGGCUAUAGAAAAAAUGAAAAUUCCCACUAAUAAGAAAGAAUUGCUCAGAUUUUUAGGUAUUAUAAAAUAUUUAGGAAAGUUUUGUCCAAAUUUAUCAGCGGUAUCAGCGCCCUUGAGACAGCUUACAUUUGAGAAUGUCUUAUUUCAAUGGGAACCAACACACACGGAAACAGUAAAUAAAAUUAAAAAUUUGAUUAUACAAGCUCCAACUCUGGCACAUUUUGAUGUCAAUAAAGAGGUUAUCAUACAGUGUGAUGCGUCUAUGGAUGGUUUCGGUGCUUGCCUUAUGCAGGAUGGAAAGCCAGUGGCAUUUGCCUCUAGAACUUUGUCUGAUACAGAAAAGAGAUAUGCGAAUAUUGAACGGGAGUUGAGUUCUAUUGUCUUUGCUGUUGAAAAGUUCAACUAUUUUGUAUAUGGUCGGCAAGUAAGAAUUCAUACUGAUCAGAAACCGCUAGUCAAUAUUUUCAGAAAAGAUAUUAAUAAAGUAUCUUCUCGGUUACAGAGAUUAUUAUAUAGAUUAAUGAAAUAUGAUUCAAAAGUAGAAUAUUUACCAGGAAAACAGAUGUUCAUUGCUGAUGCUCUAUCUCGUGCUAGUUUGGUAGAUCCUACAUUUAGAGAUCAUGAAGAAAUUCAUGUUCACAGUUUGAAAGAGUUAUUGCCUAUAUCUGAUAAAAAAUUAUCUGAACUAACGUUAUCGACGAAUAAUGAUGAAACUCUUGUUAAAUUAAAGCAAUGUCUUAGGAAUGGAUGGAAGAAUUAUAGAAAAUUACCUGAUGAAUUGAGAAUUUAUCAAAGCAUUAGAGAUCAAAUUUCUGAGUGUGAGGAUUUGUUAUUUUAUGGAGAUAGAUUUAUUAUACCUAAAUGCAUGAGAACUGAAAUGUUGAGGAAACUACAUGAGGGUCAUCUUGGUAUUAAUAAAUGUAGAGCUAGAGCUCGUGAAUGCUUAUUUUGGCCGGGUAUGUCAAAAGAAAUUCAAGAAUAUAUUCUUAAAUGUGAAACUUGUAAAUAUUUCCAAAAUAAAAAUGCAAAACAGCCAUUGUUACCCCAUGAGUUACCAAAUAGGCCUUGGGAUAAAAUAGGCAUUGAUAUUUUCGAUUUCAAAAAUAAAUCUUACCUUGCGAUUAUCGAUUACUAUUCCAAAUGGAUUGACUUUAAAUUUAUAAAAUCGAAAAAUAUUAGAGACGUAAUAAACUGCCUUAUGGAAGUGUUUGCUAUUUUUGGAUUUCCAAACAAAAUAAUGUCUGAUAAUAAUCCCUUUAAUUCGUUCAUUUUUAAAAAGUUUGCUGAAGACUAUAAUGUCAGACUGAUUUUUGCUAGUCCACAUUACCCCAGAAGCAACGGAAUGGCUGAGAAAGCUGUAAAUAUAUGUAAAGGUAUUUUAAAUAAAUCAAGUGCUGAUAAUGGUAACAUUAGUUUAUAUUUGCUCAAAUAUCGUAACACUCCUAUACCCGAUCUUGAUGAAAAUAAUAGAUUAUUCAGAAGGAAUAGGGAACACUUUAUAUAUCGAAAUAUUUCAAGUGAUUCUGACUCUGAUGGAAACAAAAGUGACUAUAAUAAUUAUGCAAAUAAUGAUUGUGAUAAAGUUUCACCUUAUUGUUUGAGGUAUAGAAAUUUGUUGAGAAAACCAGAUAGGUUUCCAAAUUAG